UGCGUGGAGGAAAUUUCCUCAAGUGAACAGAUUUCGAUAUCUGUGGGAUUAACGACCGUAAAAUGAAGACUGAGAGAGGCCUCAGUAUCAAUAAUCCGAAUGAGUCGUGGCUUGAAAGCAAAGGUACAUGGUUCACAUACGUGUUGUUAAUCACGAUUGGCCAUUUGGUUAUCCUCAGUGUUCCCUUCUUUGAUACGCCAACGGCAUGGACAUUGACAAAUACCUUCCACAAUUUGAGUAUGUUCAUCUUCUUACAUUACCUGAAGGGGACACCAUUUCAAACAGCUGAUCAAGGAAAAGCUCGAAGGCUGACUCACUGGGAGCAACUUAACAAUGGCGAACAAUUCACAGAAACAAGAAAGUUCUUUACUUUGGUGCCAAUCUUCUUAUUUAUGGUGACAAGCUUCUACACAAAGUAUGACGGAAUUCAUUUUGUCUUCAACUCACUAUCCCUUCUUUUUCUCUCUCUGGUUCCCAAGUUUCCUCAGAUGUAUAAAGUGAGGUUGUUUGGCCUGAACAAGUAUUGAUAACAUGAAGAACAUCUUGGUAAUGAGGAAUUCACUGGAUGAUAGAAAAACUGCUCACAAGGAAAAGAAACUUAAACCUCUCUUCAUGUGCUAAUUCGUUUGCCAGGGAAAUGAUUUUAGAGAAUAUUCUUUUUUGACAGGAAGAGACAAUGUAUCUUCUCUAGAUGAUUACUUAUUUAAGUGCUGUAUAUUCUUGCAGCUAAAAUUAUUUGAAAUGAGAUCAAAGUAAAUUUAAGAUAUCAAGUAGCUGAGAAGUGUGCUCCUUCCUUUAAUCAAUUUCAAGUACACAAAGGUUACAACUAUUAUAAAUCUAAUAUGUAGCAGAUAACUAACAAAUUUAUGAUGGAAACAUUGUCGUUGUGGGUACGUCUUGGAAAACCAUUGUACAAUUGUAAAGAAAUGAUACUAUAUUAGGAUAUGUCAACAAAAAAACAAGAACUAAAAAUCCUAGAGAUGUUGACAGUUGUCCUUCUUUUCUUUUGUUGUUAGCAUGCUUUUAGCUGUAGCAGAAUCCACAAGUGCUUAUGUGAAAUGAAAUGUGGAGCUUAAUUUAGAUCAAUUGACUUAAAUGGUAAGCUUAAAGCAUGAUUCAGUUCAUCAUAUUGUUGUUUUAGGAAAAAAACUGAAAGGUACAUAUACACAUAUGCUUGCAAGGUUCUAGCUCAAAAAGCAAUGUUCAUUUUAGUGUCAAAUGUAUUCCAGGAUUGCACUGCAUUGCUUUUGCUUUUCUCUGCUCAGUGAUUGGUCCAAAAAAUUGUGCCAUCCUUUCCACCAAUCUGGUACAAAACUCAAGCUGUUAGCUACCUGGUCAUACCAAUGUGCUUUCUGCUUUUAGGCUGUCUUGUCAGCUUCACAUUUUGAGUUCUUUAUUCAAAUUAACUGCGGUUUUGCAAGACUCAAUUGAAAAGCAAUUGAUUCUUACUUAUAGUAACUAUGAACAUUAACAGUGCUGCAAGAAUAUCUGAUUUGUCCACUGGUUAAAUUUGGAAUAUAGCAGAACAGCUCCUUGAAGUUGUAGUGAAUGCUGGCCAUUAACUAACUGCAGCUGGUCUGUAAAAAAGGCUGUUGAGAAUGAAAAUGCAUUUCUGCUAGUUGGAUCAAAUCAUGUAGAGAUUACUGUGAACUAACAGUAACCAAAAGGAAAAAUGAUUUUUAUUGUAACAAGUUAUGGUUGUCAGGAUGCUGUAAGAAGUAACAUAACCUAUACGUGACUGUGAGAAUGCUUGUGCGUGAUUCUGUGAAGCAUAUGAUUGUAGUAUGAACAUUUAUUUUGUUGUGAUUUAACCUUGAUCAAAAACUGCUAUUGCGGAGAGUGAUAAACUAAUUUCAGAUAAGUUUUCAAUUUAAUCAUAUCACACCUUGGACCACAGAGUUAGUUGUCCUAUUUAAUAAAUAAUGGUUUACUUAGGUGAAAUUAUCAUAAGUUUUUGGAAAAUACAAAACCUGGACUUCUGUUAGCCAAGAAUUACAAUUUUUGGUAGAUUUAAAGUGUUAUUAGAUUACAAUAAAGACAAGGGAAAUACAUUUUCUUACUUUUCCAGUUACUGUAGACAAGACAGCAUAUAACCAAAAUCAAGGGAUGUGAUUGCAAUGGAUUAAUUAUUUGACAAAUAACCUGUAACUGCUAAUUGCAUGAUUUUUUAAUAAAGAAAUGUUAUUAUAUUUAUUAUACACCCUGUAUCAACAUAAUUGUAAUAAAAGUUGUGGUCAACAUGAU